CCAUACCCAUGUGGAGUGCGUGGAGUGUGUAUCUUGGUGGCCUUGAAUACUUCAUCCAUGUCUUGGUGUAUAUUAUGACCACUGUGCAGUGUGUAUAUUGUUAUAGCAAGGCCGUAUAGGUAUAUCGUGAAAUACAAGGAUUUGUGGCGGCUCGUAAGCAGCAAGAACCAAGCUAUACGGCCUUGGAACUCUUAGACGGCCUCGGAAGCAAGUACAAAGUACCUAUAUCGUGAUAAGCGCGCAUAGCCUUGCGCAUAGCCUUGAAUGCUUGUGGGAGGUUACGGUGUACCGGUGUGUCGCAAUUAACUACCAACUACCUAUCAUUUAGCCCAUUCAGCAACAUUUAUUUUAUCUUAACAUUUCUUUGCGAGUACUCAGUACACGUAAUCAUGGGUGUUUUUUGGAAGACGAUCGCCCCAUGUAGACUGCGUCUGAAAAAUCUUCCGGCUACGUUAUGGCUGCGGCGGCCGGCCGGGGUGCGGUGGGCCUCCCAGGCCGGCGCCGGCACACCCGUGCCACUGGAGCGGAUCAGAAACAUCGGCAUAUCGGCGCACAUCGACUCUGGCAAGACCACGCUCUCGGAGCGCAUCCUCUUCUACACGGGCCGCAUCACGGAGAUGCACGAGGUGCGCGGUAAGGACAAUGUCGGCGCCGUAAUGGACUCGAUGGAGCUGGAGCGUCAGCGCGGCAUAACCAUCCAGUCGGCGGCCACCUACACCAUGUGGAAGGACUACAACAUUAACAUCAUCGACACGCCAGGUCACGUGGACUUCACCGUCGAGGUGGAGCGGGCGCUGCGCGUGCUGGACGGCGCGGUGCUGGUGCUGUGUGCCGUCGGUGGCGUCCAGAGUCAGACCCUGACCGUCAACCGGCAGAUGAAGCGCUACAGCGUGCCCUGCCUGGCAUUCAUCAACAAACUGGACCGGGCCGGCGCCAACCCGCACCGCGUGCUCAAACAGAUGAGGUCCAAGAUGAACCACAACGCGGCGUUCCUGCAGCUGCCCAUUGGCACCGAGGGCAAUACUGACGGACUGGUGGACCUCGUCCGCAACAGGGCCGUCUACUUCGACGGAGCCUUUGGUGAGACUGUCCGGUACGAGGAGGUGCCGCCCGGUCUGAGGGCCGAGGCAGAGGACCGGCGCGCAGAACUGAUCGAGCACGUGGCCAAUGUGGACGAUGAGCUCGGAAUGCUCUUCCUCGAGGAGCGGCAGCCCACCGAGCAGCAGCUGCUGGCCGCCGUCCGGCGCGCCACACUGUCGCGCACCUUCACGCCCGUGAUGAUGGGCUCGGCGCUGCGGAACCGCGGCGUGCAGCCGCUGCUCGACGGCGUCCUCGACUUCCUGCCCAGCCCGGCCGAGGUGGACAACUUCGCCCUGGACCAGACGCGCACCAGUGAGGAGGGCGAGCCGUUGAAGGUGAAGAUGAGUCCGGCGCGCGACGGCUGCAGUCCGUUCGUGUCGCUGGCGUUCAAACUGGAGGCGGGCAAGUUUGGCCAGCUGACGUACCUGCGCUGCUACCAGGGCCGGCUGGCCAGGGGCCAGACCAUCUACAACACGCGCAACGGAAAAAAGGUGCGCGUGUCGCGCCUGGUGCGGCUCCACUCUGACCAGCUGGAGGAGGUCGGCGAGGUCCUGGCCGGCGACAUUUUCGCCCUGUUCGGCGUGGACUGCGCCUCCGGCGACUCGUUCGUGUCCGACAACCGGCUCCAGCUGUCCAUGGAGUCCAUCUUCGUCCCGGAUCCGGUCAUUUCGAUGUCUAUCAAACCGAAACACUCAAAGGACGUGGAAAACUUCGGAAAGGCCGUCAACAGGUUCACCCGCGAGGACCCCACCUACAAAAUAAUGUACGACGAGGAGUCCAAGGAGACGAUCGCUGCCGGCAUGGGCGAACUGCAUCUGGACAUCUACGCCCAGAGGAUGGAGCGCGAGUACAAGUGUCCGGUGGUGAUGGGACAGCCCAAGGUGGCGUUCCGCGAGACACUGCUGGAGCCGUGCCAGUUCGACUACCAGCACAAGAAGCAGUCGGGCGGCGCCGGCCAGUACGGCCGGGUCGUCGGACUGAUGGAGCCGCUUCCAGCCACGGAGAACACCAAACUGGAGUUUGUCGACCAGACCAUGGGCACCAACAUCCCCAAACAGUUUGUUCCGGCCAUCAAGAAGGGCUUCCUGAACAUGUGUGAAAAGGGCGCCCUCACAGGUCACAGGGUGUCCGGGGUGCGGUUCCGACUGCUGGACGGAGCCAGCCACGUGGUCGACUCCAACGAGAUCAGCUUCAUCCUGGCCGGACAGGGAGCUGUGAAGGACGUGUUUGCUGCCGGCCGGUGGCAGCUGCUGGAGCCGCUCAUGUCGGUCGAGGUGUCGGCGCCGGCCGAGUUCCAGGGCGCCGUGCUGGGCCAGCUGAACCGGCGCGCCGGCGUGGUGCUCGGACAGGACGCCAACGACGGCUGGUUCACCGUGUUCGCCGAGGUGCCGCUGAACCGGAUGUUCGGGUACGCCACCGAGCUGCGCUCGGGAACUCAGGGUAAGGGCGAGUUCAGCAUGGAGUACGCGCGCUACGUGCCGGCGCCGCCGGACGUUCAGGCGCGCCUGGCCGAGAGCCUGCACAGCGCCGGCCCGGCAAACAGCGGCGGCGACGCCAAGAAGGCCGGCAAACGCCGCAACUGAGGUCGCGCCGCCGGCCCUCUAGCUUUUCAAUGGGGAACGGGGCGGGUAGGCAGUGGCACGGCCGGCCGGCUGGCAACGCGGGCCGGGACCCAGUGAACACCGGGAGAGCGGGACGGGCGCAGCGCUCAGGAGGCGCCUGCCGCUACAACUCACACAGCUGGAAUCGGACAGGCGCCGUCGUCUUGUUGGGUCCAUGUGACCGGUUUGUAAGAUUGUCUUUGCAGCAAUUACGUGUGACGGAAGUGGCUCCUUUUCAUUCAGUACCAUGUUUUGUUUCGGAAUAAUUGUUAUUUCAACCGUUGUAAACGCAAGUUAUACACGCAAUAUGAUGACAUUGUAAGAUGCAAUCCAUUUUAUGCGUUAUUUACGUUUGAUUCAACAUCAGCUUAUUGAUGUUUUUGUUCCAUCCUCGGAGCAUUAAAGGCUUACUUUCAUUGUUUCCGACACCACGACGCCUCUGAGAGUGGCUCUCGGCGGUCGAUCAAUUCUGGUGUGGGCGCUCGGUGUGGGACACUCAGUGAGUAGGUGGUGGCCGUGACCGCAGUGGUCGGCACCGAUACCGGCCGCGCCGGGCGAGCUGCGUCUGCCCAUCGCCACCGGGGCUGCCUCGCCGCGGAUCGCGGGUAGCGUGUCAGCCGGCCACCGUCAGCCGGCCACUGUCGGCCGGCCACUGUCAGAUGGGUCACCGUCAGCUGGGUCACCGUCAGCCGGCCACUGCAAAUCAGUAUGUGGGUCUGAGAGACGCUAUUCAUUGUUCAUAAAUCAUCGAGUGUUACGCGGUGCGUGAAUGUUGAUACUUCUUGAAAAUGAAUACCAUUAUCAUCAAAC